AUGGAGCCAUGCGCAAAGAGGUUGAGUGGCAAUGUUAGUUGUUUAGAGAGAAUCUUGAGGUUAGGUGAAACUGGGAAAGGAAUUCAAAAGGUGGUUGUUGGCGUGAAAGAGCCAGAGAAAUUUGUGGGCGAGAACGAAGGGAGGAGAAAGUUAGAAGACGCUGGCAUUGAGGUAUUGUUGGUGGAAGGGUUAGAGGAGGAAAUCUUGGAGGUUGCUACAGCAGGACAUGUUCCUGCAUCUAAUGGAUGA